GGCGCGGAGAGGCGGCGGGGCCAUGGCGGCGGCUUGGCUCUGCACUGUCAGGACCGCAGCCUGCACAGCAGCACCUUUUGGGAGAUCGCUGCAGAAGGAGCUCUGGACAAGGCCAUGGAGAAGGGAAGCUGCUCGCCUGCCCUGGAUUGCUGGUUCGUGGCAGUGUUUGCAGUCACAAGCCCAGCGAGCUCACGGUGUCAGGAGUUACCUCAGGAGCCCACGAGAGCCGUCCGUGUGUCUGUCCCACUUGGCCCCUGCUGCUGUGGUCCAGCAGAAGGCUGUGCAUGGCAGGACAGAAGAGUUCAAACUGGUCUACAGGUUCCCAGGGAUAAAAUACUGCAGGAUCCUGUCGAGACUGAAGCUGCUGCAGACUGCCACCUCCAUGAUCAUGCUGCCUCCCAUCUGCUACCUCUACCUGCAGGGCCAGGUGUCCCAGAAUAUCCUGCUCUACACAACUGGCAUUGCUGUCUUUGCUGGGGCAAUGCUGUAUGGUAUGAGCUACUUUUUCAGAAGAAUCAUUGGAUUAAUCUACUUAAGUGAAACUGGACAAACUGUCAGAGUGGCCCACUUGACAUUUUGGGGAAGACGUAAUGACAUUUACUGUCCCAUAGACACAGUGGUGACUUUGGAUGAAGUUGGAGAUAGCAAGGACGAGCUUCUUCACCAGUUCAAGCGGUAUAACAGUACAGAUACUUUGUAUUUUACAAUUAAGUAUGGCCAGAUUGUAGACAGACAGAAAUUUACUCAAAUAUUUGGAGAAUUUGUGUGACACAGAGCUCAUUUCCAAUGACUUUCCUUGUUCAUUGUGCUUAUUCCACGAGGUUUAAAUAGUUCACCAAACUACACAUCCCUGUCCAUUUCCUGUGCAAAGCCUGCAGUAAGUGCACCCAGUGUACAAAGUCACAGUGGUAAGGCACAGCCCACUGGAUUAAAGGUCCUGCAGCUUGUGUGUGGUGUGAGGAGUGUCUGUUCCAUGUAGCAUUCAGUAAUGUCACAGCAUUCCAAGCCUGAACUGUCCUUGGAAUGCGCCAUAGGAGGCCAAACUGGCCUCUUUGGUGGUUAUGAAAUAUGAAAAAUCUCUUGAAAUGAAAUGCAGGAGCUGCCAGAGCAUCCUCACUUCAACCUCAGUGUUUCUUUUAGCUCAUUUUAGGUUGGCUGGGAAGCCUCUGGACAUUAAAGCUGGUCUGGUGCAUCCAUAUGAUGGGCACUGCUGAAUGUCAGA